CACUAUAUAAAAGAAUCUACGCCAAGCUCAACAACAUACAUUACUUUUUGUGCUCCAAUUUGAAUCUUUGCUUCUAAGCAGCUGACCAAACACCAUCAUGAAAUUCCAAAUUGCUUUACUGUUCGCUAUCUUCGCCGUUUUCGCUGUUUUCGCGAACGAGAGCGAAGAAGGAGCAAGAGACAAGAGAGCGAUCUUCUACGGAGGCUACUCCUACCCCUACUCGUAUGCCCCGGCCGCCUACGCAUACGCCCCUUCGGCCUACCCCUAUGGCUACUAUGGUGCCCCUGCGCCUUACUAUGGCUACUACUAGAUGCACUGAUCAAACACCAUCUCAAAUGCCAUCGUCACAAACAAAAAUCAACCCUGUGCCAGACUUCGCGUCUUGAUCAUACCCGACCAUUAUUGUGCUCUAGCAUUUAUUCUCAAGAAAAUACUGUAAAACCAUACAGAAAUUAAAAAAAUAAACAUUAUGAAAAAAUUA